AUGCGCAAUAGCACCGCAUUUCUUGAGGUAAAGCACAAGUUCAGAGGUGUCAAUGCGAACAAUAAGGCAAUCCCCGUACUCCAUCUCGAAAAUCCCGACAGCAUCCACGACGAUUUUGUUCAGAAUAGGAAGUUGGUAAAUCCUGGGACUGAGCUGGAACCCCUUUUUGACCAACAGAUCAAAGAGAUCACCGAAUACAUCUCUGAGCGGGUAAGACAGCUCAAUGAACCACUGGAAAGUCUACAAUCCUGCUCCAUCUUCCUCUACCCAGGAUUAUCUUCUGCUCUCGGGGGGUCUUGGGAGCUCACCCUACGUCAAGCGCCAACUGGAGAAAUUUGCGACAAGGGCUCCAAGCUCAAAUCAGCUAGGUUGGUGGUAUCUAGUGAGCCACAGCUUGCCGUCUGCAUGGGUCUAGUCUCCGCCGCCAGCAACAACCAGCCCGUCUUUCCCACGAUUGCUUGCUGUACGUCGUUUGAUCUUGUCAGUCGCAUCCCGAGCGCUCCCCCCGCUAAAAGAACGUGGAUAUUCAUCUUGAGACGAGGCAAGGGGAUUGAGGGCCGUUUUGACGAUUGUGUCGACUGGAUCAUCUCAAAGGGGAAACAGAUCCAGAACGGGGGAGAGCUCGAAUUUGAACGCAAGCUGUUUUUCGAGCCAGACGAACGUCGGGUUCGCAAUAUUGGGAUUGUCUACAGCUUGGCGGAUGGCCCCUCGCCGUCCAAAGUUAUGUUCACGGCCCAAUCACGUCUUGAGCAUCCGCGUUGA